GUUGGCACGUUAGCCACAUCGAACCAAGGCGGUGGGAGACAAGUGACGAACACAAAUUUUCAAUUUUGUUGAUGGACUUCUUGAUCCAUUUAUUUACUUAUUAUUUGGUUUUACCUUUAUAAUGGAAAUUGAAUUUAAAGUUCUUACAUUAAACUGUUGGGGCAUCCCAUUUAUCUCGAAGGAUGUGCUACCCCGAAUGCGCUCAAUUGCCGAAUAUUUGGGGAAAUCUGAUUAUGAUGUGGUCUGCUUGCAGGAAGUAUGGGCCAUUGCAGAUUAUAAUUUAAUACGAGACGUAGUAGUGUCCACAUAUCCCUUCUCUCAUUAUUUUUAUAGUGGUGUCAUUGGUUCUGGAGUUUGUAUCUUUUCAAAAUAUUUAUUACAAGAUGUUUUCUUUCAUCAAUGGCCCUUAAAUGGUUACAUACACAAGAUUCAACAUGGAGAUUGGUUUGCAGGCAAAGGUAUAGCGAUGUGUAGGGUUAUUGUUAAGGGAUUUAGUGUUAACAUCUAUACAUCUCACUUACUGGCGGAAUAUAACAGAACAUGUGACGAAUAUGAAACUCAUCGUAUGCUACAAGUUUUCGAUACUGCUCAAUUUAUUCAGUUAACCUCUGGGGCUGCCGAUUUUAUUGUUUUAGCUGGUGAUCUUAACACCGAACCAGGGGAUCUACCUCACCGAUUGUUAAUGAGUAUGACCGGAUUUACCGAUGCCUUUAACGAAGCGGACAAGGAUGCUCAACAACCCUCCUACACAAAUGAAGGACCAGAUAAUUCGUACACAAACUUGACUUUAAUCAAGCAAAAGUAUCCCGGUAAACGUAUAGACUACAUUUUGUAUAAUUCCGGCUCAAAUACUUCAGUAGUUAUGAAAAGAUAUUGUCGUCCACUACCCAAUCGUGUACCAGGUUGCACCUACAGUUAUUCAGAUCAUGAAGCCCUAGCCGCCACUUUUCAAAUUUCCAAAACAGAAGGCACAACAAAAAAUCACGAUUUGAGGACACGCGCUAAGGUUUUAACCGAAUGUAUCGAUAACUGCAAUUCUGCACUUCAGAUAUUAGUCAAUCAUAAACGAGUCUAUUGGUUUCUCACUGCCGGCUUGCUUUUGCUUUUUAUAUCUACAAUUGCGAUGGAUACACCAUUUAAUCAACCAGUGCUAAUCCACAUAGUAAGAGUGGUUAUUACGAUUCUUCUGUUUUUUACUUUUAUAAUGGCAACCGCGUGGAAUAUGAUGGAAAAACACGCACUACUGGCCGGAAAGUUAGCGAUGGAGGUUUGUUUAAAACAAUCACCAGAAAAGGAUACUUAGUUAUGGCCUUUUAGUUGUUUUUUAUUUUAUUUGAAUUCAUUGGUUUUCAUAAAUGUUCCUAUAAUGCGAUUAUUUUGUAAUAAUGGCAUUUAUGCACUUGUGAUGAAUUUUUCUAGGUAUAAUAAUCUUAAAAAAGAUUUUAAAUUUUAUAUAAACCAAAAAGUGAAGAAAUGUUUCUUAAUUUAUUAGUAAUGUUAUACUGGGUUUAUUAACAAAGGGUAACGAUUUUUUCAAAAUUGGAAUCAUUCUUCUAAUUAGCACUUCCAUAAAUUCUAAAAUGUGGAUUAUACUCUGGUAACUUAUACAUACAGGUUGUCAGGGGCACAUGAAUAAUGCACCAACACCAACCAGUUUGGUAUAAAUCUCCUCUUCACUUACACAAACAACUUGAUAACGUUCAGAAUGUCAUGUACAUAAUAAUCACCACUUUAAAUUUAACGAAAUUGCAUACACAAAAGUGGGCUUUUAUCCGCAUAACAUUUUGAUUUUGCAUUAUUAUGCAAACUUGCGCACUUCAGUAUGUGCAGCAAAUGGUGAGUGGAAUAUACGGUGCCAGUGUUUUCUCAGAUUUCCAUUGGGCUCGUUCAUAAGACACAACAGUUACCGCUACGCUACCUCGUAGCGUAUCGGUAACAGUUGGGGGGUCUUAUGUCACGUUCCCUACUUUGACGUAUGUAGCGCUACUAAAAAUGGCCGACUGCUCCAUAAAGAGCGUAAAAGUAGCGACCUAAUUGUAAGACGUAUCAGUAACUGUUCCAGAACAGUUGUGUCUUAUGAACGCGCCCAUUGACCCAUUGUUUUGAGGAAAUAAUCUUGCUACUCAAAACUGGCUUAUACUGUGUAAAUAAAAAUGUUGUCAUCAUCGUGAACAACUUGUAUCAUGUUUAUAAAAUACCGCCACUCUUUGUAUUCUAAUGACGCCACACUGGUCGGCGGAGGGAGGGGGGAGGGCCAUAGUACUAAUAUAAUUUUUUAAAAACCUUUAUGGUAAAUUUCCUAUGUUACAUUCCUAGAAGCAAAGUUAGAUCACUAUGAAAUAAAAAUUUAAGAAAAAUUGUACUCUGUUGGUUGAUGUUGUUUUAUUGAUUGCAAGGGAUAAGGGGUGGGUUGAACAUAUUCACUUUCAACACAGUAAACGCUUAUAUCUUUACAGUAUCACACAUAAUUUGUAUUGGUAGAUUGUACAUUGCCCUCCAUAAAAGGAACAACUUCAUUCCGGUUUUUAUAUUGUAGAAAAAUCGACGGUUUUCAAAAUGUGACGUAAUAGACCAAUACACAACAGAAAGUAUGGGCGGUAGCGAUUGGGAACAAUUUAUUGACUUCAAAGAUACCUUGAAAUAAUCAAACAGUUUGACUCUCAAUUGUAAUAAGACAUGGCAUCGAUAAAUUGUUUCCGGUUGUACAAUGCCAUGUAUACAACGUGUUCCAUUUCAAAAAUUAAUACUCAUGUACGGUUUUGGUCAGAAGUAAUGUCCCUCGAUUAUCUCAAGUGUAGCACAUAAUUAAUAUACCGGAUCUCCUGUGAGAUUUGAGCUUCUUUUCAACAUGAGGAAAAUGCCUAAGAUUGGAAUGAAAUUGAACUAAAUCACGGAGAAACCGAGGGAGAAACUGACACAUUGGUACUUUUUCUACAGUUGCAGUUUCUAAGGGAGGACAUUACUUCUGACCAGUAAUUGUAAAUGAAUUUGUUUCCUUAUGGAGGCACUGUGUGUGUAGAUGAAUUUUUGUAUUUAAUACAAUUAUAAUAAUUUAUUGUAAAUAAUUUUUCUUUUCAUAUUUUAAACAGCAUAUUUAUAAUUGCUCAAAUAUCACUGUUUUUGCAUGAUAUUAAUUGUAAUUAAUGGGUAAGAAUCAAUUAUAUACACAGUUAUUAUUGAUCCUACAGCCAAUUGGUCAUAAUUAACUUACACAAGUGACACUGGCUUAUCUUUUAACAUAUGUUCAUUUCCCUUAUUUAUUUUCAAUAUAUUAUUUCUAUAGCAGAUUAGUACAUUGAGUGUAGUUUUAUGCAUUCAUCAUUUGUUUGAGUUUAACAAUUUUUAUCACAUCUGUGAUUGCUUGAUUAAAUCUCAUUUUGACCGCCACGUGAUUGUAUAAUGUGGUCUUAUGCAGAGUUUUAGUUAGUAAACUGUUAGAUUACCACAGAUUAGAUAGGUACAAAGCAGUCGUCCCAGUCCCAUUACUUUUCUGUUUCAAUUUUACGGGCGCAUAUGUGCAACAGUUCGACACAUAACUAUAUAUACUUUCAAAAAGACACCUUUUGCCUUUGCGCCCAAUUUAAUUUAAAUUACGGAAUCUGCGUUGGGAAGAUCUGAUAGAGUAACAUUUUUGGUGUCACAAACAUGGUGCCGACAUGAAGUGAAACGACUGCUUUAUAUGUAGACUGUGGUAUUACCAAAGAGUAACUCUUUGGUAUUACUUUGGUGGUUUGAACAGUGGAGGCUAGCGUUAAAAUAUAAUAAAACAAAUGAAACACAUCAAAUGCAUGUUGUGAUAUUUUGUACAGACGAAAUAUAAUUAUCUGAUUGUUAAAAAAAAAGUAUAUAGACAUACUUGCUCAAAAAUAAGUACACAUAAAUUACCAUGACAAUUUGAGGCUGCCUAAAGUAUGUUAAAUCAACUAUAAAUUUUAAUUUGGCUUAAGGAAUGGGAACACUUGGUGAUUUUAUAUGUGUAAAGUAUGAAUGGGCUAGGCUUUUGUUAACAUUUUGACUUAGUAUCUAAAUGUUUAAAACAAUUUGAAUUUCACUUUAGGAAUUUUACAGCCUUAAACGUUCAAACACUGAAAAAGUGUUGGAAAUGAUUUUUGAAAAAUUCAAAUUGUUUUGGAGUAUUAUUAUGAUUGACGCAGUAUUGAAGCUCAGUUCUGAAUAAUCUUUUACAGUUAAAAUUAUUAUUUACCUAUUGUAUAACUGAUCUCAAGAUGUCUAACCUGCUGUGUAGUCUGUGUUACGACUUUGGCUGUGAUAAGCCAUUAUAAUUGUUCACUGAGUGUAAAAAGUAUUAAAUAAAUAAAGUUAUCUAUG